ACAAGGAAGUGGACAUUUAUUAAAAAGGGGGAAAAAAUUGCUAUUUUCAGAUCUGAAACAUUCGGAUUAUUAAGUUACUGUAUACAUUUAUUUUUUAAAUAUUUUUUAUGUUUCGGUAUUUUCUAUAAGUCAUCUUGGACUUGGCAAAAACCCGCUGCUGUUGGUUUCGUGGAUCCCGAUUCAAACUAGUUAGCGAUGAACACGGACGUCGAAUUUCACAUUAGGCAGAAUUAUCCGUGGAACAAGCUACCAGCAAAUGUCAAACAGAGUGUUGGGAACUCGCAGCGUGAAUAUGAGAAACAUGUGCAGUUGUACAGUAUCCGCAACCAGCUAAGGUUCCGCAGUAACCUAGUGAGACACGUGAGGAAGGAUGAGAGGAAGUACUAUGAGGAGCUGCUGAAGUACAGCCGAGAUCACCUGAUGCUCUACCCCUACCACCUGUCAGACAUCAUGGUCAAAGGCCUCCGCAUCACCCCCUUCUCCUACUAUAUCAGCAUCAUGGAGGACAUCAUGAAUGUAGAGAAGAGUUAUGACUCGCUGCCCAACUUCACUGCUGCUGACUGUCUAAGACUGCUGGGCAUCGGGAGGAACCAAUAUAUUGACUUGAUGAACCAGUGCAGGUCUUCCAAGAAAUUCUUCCGUAGGAAGACGGCGCGGGACCUGCUGCCCUCCAAGCCAAUCGAGAUCUCUGUAGAGGCGUGGUGGGUGGCUCAGACCGGUUACAUCACAGAGGAUGACAUCAGGAUCUGCUCGGUGGCAGAGAGGAAGGCGAUUGAUAAGAUGAUUGAUUCAGGACCCCAGCUGGCCGGAUCGAUGGAGUACAAUGUGGUGCUGAGUCUCUACAACAGGGGAUACAUCUAUCUAGACGUACCCAUCUCAGAUGACAGCUGUAUUUCAGUUCCUCCUCUGGAAGGCUUCGUGAUGAACAGGGUCCAGGGAGACUACUUUGAAACCCUAUUGUACAAAAUAUUUGUGUCCAUCGAUGAGCAGACUAAUGUGUCAGAGCUGGCUAAUGUUCUGGAGAUCGACUUGGGCCUGGUGAAGAAUGCUGUGUCUAUGUACUGUCGCCUGGGUUUUGCCCUGAAGAAAGGAAGCUCGUUCAGCUCAGAGCAGCUCCACCCCACAUGGAAGACUGCCCCCUCUGUCAACAGACUGAAGAGCACUGUGGACCCCAAACAGAUGCUGUUGUCGUGGGAACAGGGAGGUCCUCUGAUGAUGGAGGCUGGAUCCUCUGCUACAGACACCACCAGCCUGGAGAACCAAGACAACACCAGUGUGAGCAGCCUGAGUAACCCUGGUCCUGCUGCCCCACCCACCAAGAGGAUCGCCUUCCUGUUUGACUCCACCCUCACCGCCUUCCUCAUGAUGGGGAACCUCUCUCCGAACCUGAAGAGCCAUGCGGUCACCAUGUUUGAGGUGGGGAAGCUGUCAGACGAGACCCUGGACAGCUUUCUGAUGGAGCUGGAGAAAGUAGAGAGCACGGCGGAGGGCGAGGCCCAGAGGUAUUUUGACCACGCUCUGACCCUCAGGAACACCAUCCUGUUUCUCCGCUACAACAAGGAACUAACCACCGACCAGGGCCCUGACCUGCCUAACAACGGCCUCCCCCUAGACAUGCUCCGCUGUGAGAGUCUGCUGGGUCUAGACCAGGCCACCUGCAGCCGUGUCCUCAACAAGAACUACAAACUCCUGGUCUCCAUGGCACCGCUCAGCAACGAGAUACGACCUAUCAGCAGCUGCACGCCUCAGCACAUUGGCCCAGCCAUCCCCGAAGUGAGCUCCAUCUGGUUCAAGCUCUAUCUGUACCAUGUGACCGGCCAGGGUCCUCCCUCCCUGCUGCUGUCCAAGGGCUCCCGGCUCCGGAAACUACCAGACAUCUUCCAGGUUUUUGACAGGCUGCUGAUCACUUCCUGGGGUCACGACCCCGGUGUGGUUCCUACGUCCAACGUGCUGACCAUGCUCAAUGACGCCCUCACACACUCCGCUGUACUCAUACAGGGCCAUGGGCUGCAGGGUCAUGGAGAGACAGUUCACGUCCCCUUCCCGUUUGACCGGGAGGAUCUCAAAGGAGAGUUCUCCUUCUCCAACAUGUGUGUCCACAAGGCCCUGCUGCUGCUGAGGGAGAAGGUGGAUCUGGAGCACCAGUGUGGUUACAUCACCAUGCUCAACCCCAACAGCAGGCACCGCAGGAGGGCCAGCGAGAGCUCCGACGGCAGGGGAGACAGUCAUCUGGGAGGUGGGUUGGAGGCCAACAGCAGCACGGAGUCCUUUGAGCUGGUCACAGAGGACAACAAUGGAGGAAAGCAAGCAGCAGAAGUGCCGUUGACAGAAGAUGAGUGGGUCCCUCUCGAGCUGUGCUUUGGGAUGCCUCUCUUCAGCUCCGAGCUCAACCGCAAAAUAUGCCGAAAGAUCGCCUCGCACGGCCUCUGUAGCAAAGACAGCCUUCAAGACUUACUUCAUUCCAGCCGAACACUGUCACUGAAUGUUCUGAGUUUUGUUCAGUCGUUCCAGGAUGGCAGCCAGGGUCAGCCUGACCCUGACAGUGGAGUGUCCGGUCCUCUCAGCCAGCCCCCGGCCGAGUCUGGUGUUCCGCUGCCCGCUCUCAACCUCAUCUUCAAGGAUGGACAGCUGAGGGAGUGGAGUGGACGAGCACCUCCACCUCUCCACAUCUCAGCCCUGCAGAAAGACCAGACCGUAUAGACCUCUCAGCCCUGCAGAAAGACCAGACCUUAUAGACCCCUCCACCUCUCAGCCCUGCAGAAAGACCAGACCCCUCCACCUCUCAGCCCUGCAGAAAGACCAGACCUUAUAGACCCCUCCACCUCUCCACAUCUCAGCCCUGCAGAAAGACCAGACCUUAUAGACCUCUCCACAUCUCAGCCCUGCAGAAAGACCAGACCUUAUAGAUCCCUAAACAUCUCAGCCCUGCAGAAAGACCAGACCUUAUAGACCCCUCCACCUCUCAGCCCUGCAGAAAGACCAGACCUUAUAGACCCCUCCACCUCUCAGCCCUGCAGAAAGACCAGACCUUAUAGACCCCUCCACCUCUCAGCCCUGCAGAAAGACCAGACCUUAUAGACCCCUCCACCUCUCAGCCCUGCAGAAAGACCAGACCUUAUAGACCCCUCCACAUCUCAGCCCUGCAGAAAGACCAGACCUUAUAGACCCCUCCACCACUCAGCCCUGCAGAAAGACCAGACCUUAUAGACCCCUCCACCUCUCAGCCCUGCAGAAAGACCAGACCUUAUAGACCUCUCAGCCCUGCAGAAAGACCAGACCUUAUAGACCCCUCCACAUCUCAGCCCUGCAGAAAGACCAGACCUUAUAUAGACCCCUCCACAUCUCAGCCCUGCAGAAAGACCAGACCUUAUAGACCUCUCCACAUCUCAGCCCUGCAGAAAGACCAGACCUUAUAGACCUCUCCACAUCUCAGCCCUGCAGAAAGACCAGACCUUAUAGACCCCUCCACAUCUCAGCCCUGCAGAAAGACCAGACCUUAUAGACCCCUCCACAUCUCAGCCCUGCAGAAAGACCAGACCUUAUAGACCCCUCCACAUCUCAGCCCUGCAGAAAGACCAGACCUUAUAGAACAUGUCACCUUAUCUCAAACACUCAUUCAACCACAUAACUAUAACUUCCUGUCUCUGUCCUGCAAAACACCAGCCCACAGUAGCCCCACCCACCCUAAGCCAUCCCCAAGACUUGAUGGUGUUACUUUGGCGUGGCCAUGAGGAGACUGUCUGUACUGGUGAUUUACAGUGGUGAUAGCUGGUGAUGUCUAGACCCUUUAGACCAGUGGUUCCCAACCAUGAGGAGACUGUCUGUACUGGUGAUUUACAGUGGUGAUAGCUGGUGAUGUCUAGACCCUUUAGACCAGUGGUUCCCAACCAUGAGGAGACUGUCUGUACUGGUGAUUUACAGUGGUGAUGUCUAGACCCUUUAGACCAGUGGUUCCCAACCAUGAGGAGACUGUCUGUACUGGUGAUUUACAGUGGUGAUGUCUAGACCCUUUAGGCCAGUGGUUCCCAACCAUGAGGAGACUGUCUGUACUGGUGAUUUACAGUGGUGAUGUCUAGACCCUUUAGACCAGUGGUUCCCAACCAUGAGGAGACUGUCUGUACUGGUCAUUUACAGUGGUGAUAGCUGGUGAUGUCUAGACCCUUUAGACCAGUGGUUCCCAACCAUGAGGAGACUGUCUGUACUGGUCAUUUACAGUGGUGAUAGCUGGUGAUGUCUAGACCCUUUAGGCCAGUGGUUCCCAACCUUUUUUGGUUACUGUGCCACCAACUGAAUUCUGCUCUGCCUGAAGUACCCCAUCAUGAGGAUUUUACCAUUAGGCCUGUGGUCUCACAAGUCUUCUCUAGUAACCCCUGUGGAUAGACCAGGUACCACCAGGGGUCCUAGUACCCCAUCAUGAGGAUUUUACCAUUAGGCCUGUGGUCUCACAAGUCUUCUCAAGUAACCCCUGUGGAUAGACCAAAUACCACCAGGGGUCCUAGUACCCCAUCAUGAGGAUUUUACCAUUAGGCCUAUGGUCUCAUGAGUCUUCUCUAGUAACCCCUGUGGAUAGACUAAAUACCCCCAGGGGUCUUAGUACCCCUGGUUGGGAACCACUGCAUCAGGGCAUCCAGAAAACAUAGGAAACUAUCAAAAGUAUUGACAACACUGUAAUGUUGAGUCCAUAGAGUUCAAUAGAAGUUCCCUUUAAAGUCCAUAGAGUUCAAUAGAAGUUCCCUUUAAAGUCCAUAGAGUUCAAUAGAAGUUCCCUUUAAAGUCCAUAGAGUUCAAUAGAAGUUCCCUUUAAAGUCCAUAGAGUUCAAUAGAAGUUCCCUUUAAAGUCCAUAGAGUUCAAUAGAAGUUCCCUUUAAAGUCCAUAGAGUUCAAUAAAGUUCCCUUUAAAGUCUACAUUCAAUGGUUAAAACAUUUGCUGAAUAAUAGAAAAAGAUUCACAAAUAACUGUAUUUUUUUGCUGACCUCAGUAGGUGUUUUUGAUGGACUAAGCCUGGAAUGGUUUGACCAGUUAGUAUCUGUAGAGCAGGCAUGGUCAACCCAUUGAUUAUGUUAGUCACUCUCAUUCAGAUAUAUUAAAAACUGCAAACAUUUCUCCCCACCCUGAAAAUGUGUGGAAUUGCAGUAUAUUUGUUAGAAAAUCUUGCGUGGGUAC